AUGAAGCUUGUUCUUGGUAUAGUUCUCUGCUAUUGGCUUCAGCUUAGCAAGGCUUUGCCAAGGCAUCAACCUUCAUCGAGCUUCAAGUGGGGCGAGGUAAACUUUCUACUUGCCUUCGGCGACUCCUACACCUAUGUACAAGGGACAGCCGGACGUCAGAAUUACUCUUUCAUUGGAGAUGUUCAAAACUAUUCAUAUAGCCCACAAACUCUCUUGACAGAUGAGAUUGUCCAAAACCAAACUGGUACAUCAGCUGGUGGACCGAACUGGGUCGAAUACCUCACAGGAUGUUUCUCUGGGCUCCCUUCAAAAUGUAGGAGACAGCUCUGGGACUUUGCGUUCGCCGGAUCGGAUGUCUCAACAACAUUUACUCCUCUUCAUCACAACUUUACCGUCUCCUUCGUGAACCAAAUCAAACAGUGGUCAAUCUAUGCCAGACCAGUGAUUCCAUUAGAGGUCUCCAGAGCACUGGUCGCGAUUUUCAUCGGCAUAAACGAUAUAAGCGACUCUGCAAAGUACACCUUUCCUCGCAACAAUGCCACAGAUUUCCCAUCUUUCUACAGCGAGAUCAUAGAAACUGAAUUCGAGGCUGUUAAGCAGAUAUACGAAGCUAGAUAUCGAAAUUUCUUGUUUAUGAAUCUCCCUCCGUUGGAUAGAACGCCCAGCAAUCAACUGAGCUCUCACCCACUUCCAAACAGCACCAUGGUCCAUGAAUACAAUAACAUCAUUUCCUCAUCUGCAACCAAAUUUGCUGCUUCCCAUCCAGGGACCAAAGCAAUGGUCUUUGACACAUAUUCUUUUCUUUCGGGUAUCCUUGACAAUCCUUCGGAAUACGGCAUCAGAAACACGAAAUCAUACUGUCCAAGAUACGACGCGCCGGAUAUUGCCACCAACUAUGCCGCGUAUGGAUGCUUGCCUAUCGAGGAGUAUUUCUGGUACAAUUCUGGACAUAUUACUUGGAGAGUGCACGAAUAUCUUGCAGGGGCGGUGGAGAAGUUUCUUGAUGAUAAAAGCAGCUAGCUUGGUGGAAACGAGAAAUCUUUGGCUAUCAAUUUUUAGUGAUAUGAUAUAUUACGGUCUUCGAAACACAUGGAUUGGAUGAUUUCGAUGGGGUCAAUGAUACUAGACAAUGUUUUCGGAAUUCACGGCAAGGUUACGCUACGAAGCAGCUCGGUAUAUAGAACAAUGAAACACAAGACAGUAAGUGGAU